GAAUGUAUCAGGAUUGGGUGUAGUUCCCUAUGAAGGUGAUGAAGGUUCGAAGUUUGACAGUUCGGUCCUGGAUUUGUGUUUCAGCAGGGGAUUAUUGAUUGAAAUAAUUUUUCCAAAUUUGAUGACUAAAAGUCUCUUUGAAAGUGCAGUGUUUAUUAUUAGAAAGUGAAAUUUGAUCCGAAUUUGUUAAGUGAAUAUCUAUACUAGUGCCGGAUAGUGAUGUCUUCGAAAAUGAUUGCCGAUCAAGAGUCGACAAUCAAGGAUUCGCUUUUUGAUUUCGUGAGAUUUCAUAUCUCAGAUGCUGACCUGAAUCUGAUUGACGACAUUGUAUUGUCUUAUGUAAUAGCGUUCUUAGAAGAUGUUGGGGAUGAUUCACAUUUUGACGUUGAAGGGUUUUGCGAAAUGAUGGAAGCCUACUUUCCCAAGUUUGCUACAAUCAAUCACAGCACGGUAUGUGAAUGGAUGUUUGACUUGGAAGAGAAGCUGCGAAAAAUCGACGAGGCUCAAGUCAAAAGCCCCAAUUUGGAUAUCAGUUUACCCGAAGUGGUGUCUAGUAAGACGAAACCUCGUUCGCACAGCGAUUCCGAGAGCUUCGAGACACCCAAACGCGUUCAUAAACUGUCCGAAAUGAGCGAUGGAGGCUCAACUGACAGCUCCUGUUGUGAUUUUCCGGAUGAAAUGGACAUAUUGCAAGAGAUGUUUCCGUCUAUUUGUACCAUUGAGGUAAAACAGUGUUUAGCCAUAGCGGCAGGUGACAUCGAACGGGCCACCCAAAUAUUGAUUGAUCGGCAAGAAAAUGGCCAGUGUCUCAGCCAGAAUAGCACUUUAACUUUGCAAGUGGCCAAACAAACCAUCGACGAUGCUGAGCUUAAGAGUAGGAUUAUUGAGAGGUAUUCAUACAUUGAUAAGGACGCUUUGAAUAAGGAAUAUCGACCGGUAGCACCAAAAGUGGAACCGAAAAAAUUGGUCCGCUAUCGGGACAACAAGAUUGUCAGUUUGAAAGGGGAGCGUUAUACAGAAGUGAAGAAGGGCGACGAUGUUGAAGAUAUUUCUCUAAAGAAAAACAAGAAGGGACAAGCCCACUCCCCGUAACCAAGUGGUAAUGAACGUAAAAGCCAUCGUUCGAAUUCGUGUAUUAAUUUAUCCUCUAAGUUAUUUGAUUUGACUGCUGUGUUACUACUACUUCUAUUUCCUCGAACAUUUGUUUGUUUAUAUUUAUUAGUGUAUGUUAUAAUUUAUAGCGUUCUUCUUAUAGUUAAGUUUGUCGAAAAAUACUCUUGUAUUGCUUGCUUUAAUGGUAAGAUGGCGCCAAUCACUUUUAGGAUAUCCUUGCGCAAAGGCCGUCUUUGGUCGUCAGUCGUAGAUUCUAUAUCAAUAUUAGUAGUCGAAACUCUCCUAGGUAGAUGUGCAAUUGUAAUUUCGCUCCGUAGAUAUUCUUCUUUAGGGUUGCUUAUCAGUUGUAAGUUGAACAACUAGCUAUAAGGAGCAAGUGUUGGACUGGGUUUAGUGCGGCAGGCAACCAAAAAAAAUUGUUUUUUUUUGCUGACGACGUAACUGCUUGAAUUAUACGGAGUCGCUACAAAAAUUUUUGAUGUUAAUCGCAUUCAGUUAUAUCGUAAUAAGUUUGACUGUAAUUAGCAAAAUAAACGUAUUAAUUGAAAGAGUUUUGAGCUUACAGGGUCAUAACUAAUUGAGAUGUUUAGCUACCAGAACACUCAGUAAAUUCGUUUGAGAUCAUUAUUAUAUAUUCUGCUCUUUAAACAAUCUGCUUUCGUUUAAUAAUGCGAAUUUUAAGGUUUUAUAGGUUGCUUUGUGUAGGGGUUUCUACACUAGUGCACAACAUAAUGACAAAGAAAUCGUUUUGUAUUUUUUUGCCAUAAUCCAAUCCGAUUCUGAUUUUCUUUAAUUGAUUAAAGGCUUGUAGACAAAUCUUUUGCUUUGGAUUUUGCCAUCUAUAAUCAGACUUAGAAGUGCAUGCUUUUAAUUUACUUGCUUUAUAUACGUUUGUCUGUUUUUUUUUAUAGAAAACAUAAGUUCUUUUUUUCACUUGUGCAAUUAAGCGUCGGUUUUUCAAAUGACCAUUAAACCAACUUUGAAAUAUUCUUAACCGCCUUGUAUACAGAAUGAUUAUUUCCUGGGAGUGUUGGCUAUGAGUGUUUAAAGAGAUUAGAAAAAAUCUUCAAAAACUAAUCGUCUUUAAAAACAAAGAUAUUUGAAAAUUAUUUUUGUACUAUUCAAGUAAGUCCCCGUAACCUCUCAGAAAAUCCGACAUCCGAUUAUGUCUUUAGUUAUUGGCGCAUUUAUAAGAAAACCAUUAUUUCUACGGCGUAGAAUUACAUUAUUCAUUAGGCUUUUUAAGUCUUUAGUAAUAUUUGAAAUACUUUCUGGUGAUUUUGAUGUCACAUUAAAUUUAUCCGAUAUUUUGUUUGAAAAUGGCAUCAGAAUGCAAGUUAUUAUAUUACACCUUUUGUAAUCGUGCUUGUUUCUCAUAUUUCCUCAAUCUUUUUGCUGCCUUUUUACUGGGCAUGGAUAACUAAGUUAAUUUUCAGGAGUUGGCACAGUGUGACCUUUUUUUGUUAGUGUUGAAAUUCCAGCUCCGGGCCUUGUAAAGCUUUAAUCCGCCCCGAAAUAGUUAAGGAAAUGUUGCUUAGGGUUUGAAAAAUCUGUUACAGGACACAUUUUGUAAAACCCGCACUAGAUGAUUCAAGUUCGGGUUUCACGGUCGCUAAUUUCACGCUACACCCAGCUGAUGAGGUCCUGGGGGUGUCUGAGGUUGGCGAACUUCGAAACUUGCACUAUCUUAUAUAUUUAAUAGUUUUUGGAGAGCGUUCCUUAAAUACUUUCCUUCGAAUCGUAUCAUUUCUGAUGUAAUAUGGCCUUCUCCAGAACCAGAAUUUUCCGUUUUUUAUUUUUUUCCAAGCAUCUUAUUUGAUCACAUGUUAUUUCUUGUGUCUCUGACCCUACGUUUAGUAUUGUCCUGUUAUCGAUUUGGCUUUUGUUGACAUUGGGUGCUGCUGAUUUAAAUAGGGCGGUGAAGAAAUCUUCAAUUAUUUGGGCAAUUUGGUCUGGGGUCGAUACAGUAACUUGUUUAUUCUUAAAUAUAUUCAUGGUUUUUCCCUUUGAUAGUCUUGAUUUGAGAUCUCUCGUGUUUUUGUUUUGUCCAAUUGUUUCUUCAAUUUUUGUUUUAUGGGUUCUUACAUCCUUACGAAUUGCCUUUUUGACCAUUUUGUUCAAUUCUAUUGGUGCUUAGUUCUUAGUGUUUUCGUUUCACUACCCUUGAGCAUAUUUUUUUAGUUGCCGUAUAAAUGGAUGCUAUGAUUGUUUCGCUAAGUUGGUUUAUAUCCAUAUUUUCAAUGUUUUCUACUUAUGGUAAUCUUUUUGUAAUUUUUUCCUGGUAUUCCACUUUCCUUGUUUGGCGGGUACCUGGUUGUCUUGAUCAGUUUGUUCUUUUCCCGUUUUAGGUCUAUGCGGAAACAUGCUUUCACCAUUUUAUGGGCACUUCGUGUAACUACUCUGUUUAGUUAGUUAGUCUCGGUUCUUUGUUGCGGCUCAUCCAUGUCCAUUUUUGAUGUGGGAUUUUCCUGAGAAUGUGUUUAAACAGAACAGCGAUUCCUCGCUAAGAAAGUUUUCCAACCUUUCUUCACUGUAAUUUCUCUCCCACAACUCGUAUUCUCCAACGUAUUCCGUGGCAUCCGGUUUUCUUCUUCCACUUUUAGCAUUGAAGUUGAUUAUGACGUGUGCUCUUUCCGUUCUUUUUGCCGUUGUCACGUCUUCGUAUAGCUUAGAGCUCACCCACGUAUGCAUCGUCCGCCGCGCUGGUUGGGGCGUAGAUGUUGAUUAUUUGCAUGUCAUAUCGAUUGCUCAGCUUUAAUAUGAUAUAUAUGACUCAAUUUCACAUGGCACAUAACUGGCGACUUUUGGUUUAAUAUUUUUGUUGAUCACUAACCCGAUUUUACAGUUGUUGCUGUAAAGCCUGUCUCGGCUAGUUCAA